GUGAGCCAGAACCAGAAGUAUCGCCCGGGGAUGAGAAGAAAGAGAAAAGAGGACGACGUUCUUCAGAAGACUGUUAUAAUAUCCACCUGCAGGAUUUGGAAAAUGAUUUUGGUGCCGAAGUGCUGGAUUUUUAUCGUUUGUCUGACAGGUGUCCUCCCUCCCCUCUGCUCUGGGGUCAAUGUGUUUGUGCGAGACGAGAAGAGGUAUGCCGUGUUGUUCCAGUCGGUGGUUCUGCCAUGUCAGUACAACAGCGUGUCCACCCAGACCCCAGUGGUGCAGUGGGUCUUCAAGUCGUACUGUCGGGACCGCACCAGGGACUCCUUCAACUACCCCGACAGCCUGGGUGGAGGCCAGGGAGGAGGUGGGCUGACGAGUGGAGGCAGGGGGGUCGGUGGGGGGUACGAGACGGGGAUCACCGCGGGCUACCUGGACUGUGCUGAUAGCAGCCGGACGGUUCGUACUGUGGCCUCCAUCUCUGGUUCCUCCAUCACACUGUCGGAGUACUACAAGAACAGAGACAUCUCCAUCAUCAGCAAGGCCGACCUGCGCAUAGGGGAGGUCAAGUGGGGAGACAGUGGAGUUUACAUCUGCAAAGUGGUGAUAUCUGAUGAUUUAGAGGGACAGAACGAAGCCUCAGUGGAGCUGCUGGUUCUUGGUUUCUCAGCUGUGCCUGAAGAUCUCCUGCCAGAAUUUGAUUUGAAGAUUAUGCCAGAGUGGGUGUUUGUGUCGGCGGUGGCGCUGGGCAGUCUCCUCUUCCUGCUGUUGGUCGGGGUUUGUUGGUGUCAGUGUUGUCCUCACUCCUGCUGCUGCUACGUCAGCUGCUGGUGCUGCCCCGACACGUGCUGCUGCCCAAGACACCUAUAUGAGGCAGGUAAGGGUAUAAAGACGGGCACCUCCACCCCUCAGAUGCCUGCCUACCCUCCAUACUUUGUCACUGGUGUCCCGACGAUGGUCCCAAUCGCACCCCCUUCUCUGGUGGACAAGAUGUCCUCUGUCCCCCCUUCGGAUGGCAGCGUUCUUACAGCAAUUCCGAUGCACGCUGUCGGGUUUCCCUACCGCGGGCCUUCACCUCAGGAUCAGGAAUCUCUCAGGGUGCUUCAUUAUGUAGAGAAACAACUAGCUCACUUCCACCCUGCCAGGUCCAUCAGCCCCCAGUCCUGUGGCCUGUCUGAGCUGAGCUCCCUCCACGAGGAAGACAGCGGCUUCCGCCAAACAUACCGGAACGUCCAGAAGAAAGCUCUCCCCGCCAUCCCGGACCACGACCCUCAGCCUGAGCCCCAGCGCUACCGUGACACCCGCAGCCCAGAGCCGCAGCGUUACCGUGACAACCCCUCCUCACCCCAACGACAUCGUGAUGACCCCGACGCAGAGCCCCGGCGCUGCCAGGAAGAGUCUCUCCCCCCGCGGCGGUACAGCGACGACCCCCCACCCUCACAGUCACGCAGGCCCGGCCGACAUCAACGGCAACAGGAUCAUAGCGAGGGAGACCACCACAGCAGGUGGAACCCGCGUUCAGAGCAUCUACACAGAAAGUCGUACCGUACUGCGGGACGGACCGGCUCUCUGGAUGAGCUGGAGGAGUUUGCUGCAGGUUACAAGCACAAAGAAGGAAGGGGGGAACAGAAAAGGGAAGACAGCCGAAGAGACUCUGAGAUGGAGCUUCAGGAGUUCAGUCGAUAUCCUUCCUAUCGUAACGGUCCACCGCAGCAUUAUCACAAUGAAGAAAAUGAGUUUGGAGACAACAGUGAUCCUGAAGAGAACCACAGACGAAACAUAAGCCCACUCCACUCGCCCACGGAGAGGAGGGGCACCUGGGACAGCGAGCGUCCUGCCCCACCUCCUCCCAGAGUCAGUCCUCCAUCGACCUCUUCUCAAGAGAAGGACUACGAUAGCACGUUCCUGAACAGCCUGCUUGACCGUAAGGCUCAGCUGCGAGGGCUCAGCCAGGGGAAGGGUGGGGCCCGGGGGGAGGAGGAUUCAGACACACCCUCCAAAGGUAGCUCGAAAAAGAGCAGCGGGGACUCCAGUCGACACUGCAGCCGCUCGCCCAGUAACAGGCCUGAGGCAGAUUCACUGUCUCCUUGCUCAGACACAGAGAGAAGCAGGACUGAGAGGCCGUCCCCGCGCCCCCCGCCGUUGAGCCCUCGCCCCUCUCAGUCUCCGGCUAACUCGCUGCCGGGCCACAGAGAGGAGCCCAGAGACAAGACCCGGAAAACGGUCAGGUUCAGAUGCUACCACAGUGAAAACUAGGGCACUCUCCUCAGCCGGGACUCCCUCAUCGUCUGACGGACUGAGAGCCACACAAGCUGAAUGCUCAGCACAGACUCUACGGGAGCCGCGUGUCAGCUGAUGGGAGACAGAAAUGAUUUGGAUUGCAUAAAAAAUGCAAAUGACAGUGAGGGAAAGCUUGAUCAGCACUGGUAAAUGAACAAAUGGACAACAGACACACUUUUACCAUGGAGACGGUCACUGGGGUUUCUGCCUGUGACGUCGCUGAAUGAUGAAGUCAUCCCCGUUCAGUUUGUGUCACCGGCUGCCUCAUAUACAUCUCAGCUGAGCUAACAUUGUACACAUGCAGGCUGGGGGUGUGACCUGGACUGUCCGUCCCUGCAGGACGCUGUUGGUCUCCUGCCGUCCCUUUAGAGAAGACUUGCUUUACGCUCCUGCACAAUGACUGCAUUCAUUUCCACUUGAUGAGCUAUCGCCUUUAAAUAAGCCCAGUUGUAGAAAAAGGGUUUAUGACAACAGCAUUAUUGUAAAGGACAUACUGCAGCUUCAGCUGAGUGACAACACACACUCUGUCAUUCACUAACAUGUUCAGGAACUAAAGCAUCUAACUCAAUGUAUUUUAAUGUUAUGUUAACUAAAAGUGGAAGUUGUAACUAAUAUUACCAAAGGCUUAUAUCCUGUGUAUCUACAGAGUGGCUCCGGAGACUAAUGUAAAAACCUCAAAGAAGCGUUUGAGUUUGUUCUAUUAAUGCGAAAGGCCUGAUGGGAAUUGCUUAGCAACAAACAGCAGACAGACACUGUUAGCAUCUACUUGGUGAACACAGUGGAGAGCUUAUCAGCUAAAGAGCCAGGUAUUUCUCAGAGUUAAAAGAGAGUGAAUAUUGAACUUGAAUUGAUGAGCUGGACACAAAUACUCAACCAAUUAUCUUAUCAUGUUGCUCUGUGUCUGCUGGAUGUGUACAUAGCAAAUCAACACUAAAUAAUUUGCCAUAACUACUUCAUAAUUGGAUGAUAUGCCAACGUACAGCUUCAUUUAUGGCCCCCAUGUGGCCAAAAUAUUAAUAAUGUUUCCUUUAUUUAACUAAUUUUGUCAUUCACAGGGUUUCCCUCAGAUUCUUAGAAACUCUUAUAAUGCUUUUAAUUCAUUCUGCAACAUAAGGCUUUAAUUGGUGGUAAAAUGCCCAACAUUGCAAUUUGAAAUGUAAAAAUAAUUGACUGAAUGCCUUUCACGUUAACCUCUAGGUAUUGUAGACUAGGCGCUUUGUGUUUAAUGCAGGAAAUGUUUUAAACACGACACACUGGUUAUCAAGGCAGUGUUAUCCAACAUGCAGAGUUGUUGUUAAGUUGCUUUGACAUUUAAUAACAAGUGGCAUUCAAAAAAGUCUUUAAUCUAUUUUUAAAUUAGAUUGUGUAAUGUCACAAUGUAACAUUUACCAGCUAAACAUCCAUAACGUUUUUAUUUCUGUACAUUUGAAAAAAGUUUUCAAAGCAACAGAAACAGGUCUGAAGAGGCCAAACAACGGGAGUGCCAAUCGUGACAGUUUUAAGUUCAUGACAUGAAGCACAGAGAUCACUAAAAAGUACUAAAUGAAUCCGGUUAUAGACUAAACCAGCACUAAACCUGCCGACUGAACCAGUUCUUCCCAGCAGUUGCCUGCAGGUUAUUAAGUUAAAUCAUUACUCAUGAGGCACCUUGUAUUAAAACUGGCUGAGUUGCACAAAGUAAAGGAACUAAAACCUGAUGAGAGAGAGAGAGAGAGAGAGAGAGAGAGAGAGAGAGAGAGAGAGAGAGAGAGAGAGAGAGAGAGAGAGAGAGACCAUGUGUAAUUGAGUAUGACUCAUGUCUUUGUUCAUUGUUGAAAUCGCAAACGGCCUGUCUUUUUCACAAUGGUUUUGUCUUCCACAUAAACAAUAUGUUAUGAAACUUUUGUGUAUUAAGUCAUUUUGUAUUGGCAUAACAAAAACUUAAAAACAAUUGUUUAUCUCAGUAAAUAGGUUGAGCAGAAAUAAUGGAUGUUUUCAACUGAUUAAGUUCAAGAUAUGAUGGUCUAUUGAAGUACAACCAUUUAUUGUACUUCUUUAGUAUUUCUGAUAAUAGUUGCUUUGUAGUUAUUAUGAACAUAAAUAAUACAUUACUUCAAAUGUAAAUUCCUAACAAUAUAUAACAUAAAACCUGCCUUAUUUGAAUCAACAAAAAACAGAAAUCAACUUUUCUCGAGCUACGAAUGUAAUGGGGUUAUAAAUUAAGGUUUUAUAAAGAAACAUUUGAAAUUCAAAUGAACUAAAUUGGUGACAACAUUCUUUUACUGGACAUCUUCAUUUGCUAAUAAUACUAAUCGACUUCUACCUGAUAUUAACUGAAGAGCUUUUACUUAAUUGUAGAACAUUUUUCUUCUACCACUCCAUGGAUGAUUAGAUAAUAAAACACUGCACAAAAUGAUAUUUCCAUGACACGCACAGAAACAGGCUUUUGGUUUUGUGUUUGUCCUGUGAGAGAGGGACGUGGGUUUGAUGAUGUAUGUUUGUGAUGGGAGAGAUUGGUUAAGAGCACUCACAGCUGGAGAGUAUGUCAGGAAUGUUGUUGAGAAACUUCCUCCUUUACAGAGACAUUAGCAGGAAAAUGACAUCACCAUUCACCGUGCAGUAGCAGGAUUGUUUUUAUAUGUGCUCCGCUUGCUGGUUUAAGUCAGGCCGGAAUGUUGGAUACCAACCAGAAUUUAGCAAAACCUUUGAAAUAAAACAUGAUGGCAUUUGGUUGGCUGCUUUUAAUAAAUAACACCUAUGAUGUUACUCAUGUACGCUCAUUAAGUCAUAAACAUAUAUCCAUAUAGAAAAAUGCUCAGGAUUUGAAAACAACUUAAAUAGAGUGGAGGAAUCGUACUCUGUUUUAGUGUGAUAUAAGUUGCAAUACCAAAAGUUCAAGAGUAAUUUAUCAUGCAGAAUUGUAUGUGUACAUAUAUAUAUAUAUAUAUAUAUAUAUAUAUACAUAUUGUACUUUGUUCAUUGUUAU